UGCGAUCAAAUUGGUGGACGUCCUGAGGGGGCGGGAAAGGAUUUGGGGAUCGCGAUUACUACCGUAUUUUGCACGUAGUUUAAGAGAAAAACAAAAAUCAAUCGUAUUGUGAACUCUACUUAUAAGAAUAUUUGCUUUAGCAUCGUCAUCUUCUUUAGUUGAAGGAGAGCCUGGUUUCUCCUCUUCAACCAGGCGUAAAGCAAUGUCGCCUUUUUUGCCGAAUCAGAGCUUAAAUACGGCUAGAUUAUGUACAAUUUGCGAAAAUGCAUCCCCAUUUAAUGAUGACCAAGACUUUCUUCGAGAGCAUGGAAAUACGGAUGGUACCGGGCGCCUCGUUGCGUCAGAGGAUACCGCAAUACGCACGUCCAGAAUAAGCCAUUUGCGGGAUGACACGCUACCUGAUUUGCCUCAACUUCAUGAAUCCUCAAAGAGAGGUUGCGAUUUCUGCGGCUUUUUACGCUCCGUCAUAACUUGCGAUGACACCCAAGAUGAGAUUCAAAGAGUCUUUGGCACAAGCGGUACUGAUGUAGAUCCCUUAGAGCUUUCGAUUUCCAUUCACUUCCGCUGGAAGUACCAUUAUGAGCAGGAUGUUAGAGGAGAUGGCCUCCUCGGUGCGAUUAUACUCCUGUGCUUUGACGAUGGGAAGGUCGAAAUAGCGCUAUUUUGCCUGGCAGAAGGCAUAUCAGGGUCAGAGACAUCCGACGUAUGGCUCGGCUUGGCCGCACCGCCUAGCCAAAGAUUCUCACAACAACAUCGCCUAGACUGGAUGGCGCAGAUACUUAGCGAGUGCACAGAAAAACACCAGCAUGACAAACGGGGUAACAAUUUCGUUCCGGAACGGCUCAUCGAUGUUCAGAACGCCACUCCACGACUGGUCUUGGGUGCCGACGUCGCGAUUAGUAAGAGUGGCGCCCAGAAACCGCCAUACGUAGCUCUCAGUUACUGCUGGGGACCAGCUGAAGAGUCGAAGAGCCAACUCAAGACCACCACGUCUUCCAUAGCCAAGCGCCAGGCCGCGAUCCAAGAAGCGGAAAUGACCGAGGUCCUGCGGGACGCGAUCAAGGUGACCCGGGCCUUGUCAAUCCCAUAUCUCUGGGUCGAUGCACUUUGCAUUCUGCAAGACGACAUCUCAGACUGGGAGCGUCAAUGCGCGGAUAUGGCUCAGCUAUACCAGAGCGCACACGUCGUGCUAUGUGCUGCAUCUUCUGCUUCCUGCCUCCAAGGAUUCCUAGGUGAGCGGGGGCACCGUAUUCGAAUGCCGUUUCAGUCUACCAGAAAACCUUCUAUUGUCGGCUCGUACUACCUACAUUUCAAAUACGCCGGAUGGUCCCGUGGUUUCAUGUUCAGUGAAGCAUCCGCGGAUAUGGCACACAAUCGCUGGAGUAACCGAGGUUGGGUGUUCCAGGAGAGCUGGUCUGCUUCGCGGAGAUUGGUCUUUGGGAAUUCAAACCUUCAUCUGUGUUGUCCUUCGGGAGUUCAAAGCAUGGGUAGGGAAAGAGAAGCGAAGAAAGAAGAGCCCGACGAGAAUAGUUUAUUUCUAUCUAGACUCGAUACUUGCAGCAGAGAGGAAUUAUAUGCUAGUUGGGCGUCCCUCGUCCGCAAGUAUUCAAGGUUCGAAGAUCACUCCUUCACGAAGGCCACGGACCUUCUUCCCGCUCUCUCUGGUCUAGCAUCGAAAUACCACGAGUAUAACCAAGAUAAAUAUCACGCUGGGCUCUGGGGCGAAGAUCUAUUCCGCGGGUUGAUGUGGUAUUGGGAUGGAGACAGCGAAGAACUGCCAGAACGACAAUGUUGUGCUCCAAGCACGUUCAUGCGCCACAAUGAGUUCUCGGUUCCAUCAUGGAGUCCGCUAGCGCGCGGCUCAUUCGUGACGCAUGGUGCAAUUUAUAAAGACGACGAGUGCCUUGCAAAUUUCCAACCGGAGUACACAGCUCUGGAAGCCAGGACUGAGCCAGUUGGUGCCAACCCCUUCGGUGCUAUACGGGAUAACUGGUCACUUCGCAUCCACAGCUACGUGCUGGAUCUAGCAACGCUCAACCCGCAAAAGCUCGAAGUCUCCGAGGACUUCGCUGGCGGUGAGGGCUCUAGGGGAACCCUGAUAUAUGAAGGUAAGCACCUCGGAUGCUUCGAGCUGGAUUUCGUGUACGACGCGGACGAUAACUGUUACAAUAUGGACUGCGUGAAUGCGCCUGCUUGCAUGCUAGAUGAGAUUUCGCGCUUCCGUUGGGUCCUUCUCGGGAGCUGCAAGGUGAGAGGUAAUGAUGAAAACCCAGAAAGACUGAGACGAGCUCGCGGGGCGUGUGGGCUAAUUCUAUUCUCGCCGCCUGGGUCUGAUGCGCUCCACCGCGUGGGUGUGUUUCUCCCUGGCUUGCCGGAGAAUCAUCACGACGGCUUGCGUCUGCUUAGAAAGCUUGGUGAGAUUAGGACAAUUGUUGUUACUUGAUUUUACACUGAUCAUCUCACUUGGAGUGAGCUUAAGUUGUACGACCAUGUAUUGGCGCUAUGGAUGUGUAAACCAUUCAACAAGUGAAUUUGGAAUGCUCAAUACGGAGUACACGCAUUUCAGCUUUCCCACAGAAGAGAAUAUGCUAAAGGCUAUGACUUGAAUGCUAGUAUGUGCCUUUACGAUAAUCCCCCUUAAUUGAGAGAUGAAAUCCGCAACAUCGGAUGGCACUGCCUUUGAGCAUUGAUGUGCAGUGUGGGUGUGUCAGGUAACAUUCGAUCCGGUAUCGGGAAUGUCGGGAAUGCCUAGCUUGACUGAAUCGGCUUGGGCCCUUGAGCUAGCAUCCUUCCAAUUCACCAUCUCAAUACACUAUAGGUAGACCACAUCGUUCAAAAAAGGGAGGAGUAGAGAUGCGGACAACAGUAGCAUGUGAGCGGUGUAGGUACGUGCGCAUAUCUCGCGUUUCCCAGCUGACGGGCGAUUCCCGAGCCGCGAAAUCUCAAGGUGGCAAAGAUCAUCGC